AUGGUAAAAUCUCGAUCUGAACCAUACCAAAAUUUGGUCAAUAACAUUUUAUUACGUGAACAAUUUAAUCACGUCCAAUUUUUGGCUGACAUCCGAGACCAAAUAGCUCUACCUUCAAAAAAAACAACAUAUGGAUCAGAAAAAAUUUUUUACAAUACUAAUGAUGGAGAAGAACUUUGGUGGCCAUCUAAACAUUAUAUAAUGGAUAAAUCAAGUCUUGAAUAUCGACAUUUGACACAUUGGUAUCAAGAAAAUUAUUCUAUAUCAAUUGGAUUAAAUGAGUUGCAAAAUAAUGGACAAAAAUAUGCACGAUUACGUACAAAAGAGGGGUAUAUGAUCAGAUCAGAAAUGUCUUUUAAAAAAACUGAUAUAUCAAGAAACAAUGGCUGUAUUGCAUAUGAAUUACAAGUUCCAAUUUUAGGUCGUCAAAAAAAAUCAAUGUUUAUUACCAAAAUCUUUUAUGGUCAAGUGCUAUGGUACUUUGGUCAUACUCAUGAAAACGCAACUGUCAUGCUCGCUUAUGUAAGAUGGGCAAAUGUUCCAGACGAAAGAAGAGAACGUCCUCUUUUUGGAAUCAAGAAGUUUCACAACUUUGGACGGUGUGAAUUUAUUGAUGUAAGAACAAUAAGGAGAGUUGUUGGAUUCUUUGAGGUAAACGGAGAUAUUUACAUUUUGGAUAAGGGGGACAAUCUUAUAG